AUUUCCCUUCCAAUCAGCUGUGAGUGAAUGUAAACAAACAAGUUGGCGACACAACGUGUGGAAAAGUCUGCUGGUCCAUCAAAUAAUGACGGAUGUUGAGCUAAAAAACAAGGGAAAUAAACUUUUUUCUGUUAGAAAGUUUGAUGAAGCCAUCAAGUGCUACACGGAUGCCAUACUUUGCAUUUUUCAGUCCAAGAAGCCAUCAGUUGCAGUAUACUACACAAAUAGGGCAUUAUGCAAUUUAAAACUCAAAAGAUGGGACCUAGUAUGUCAAGAUUGCCGGACAGCUCUCGAAAUAGAUCCAACGGUGGUGAAAGCACAUUUCUUCCUUGGCCAAGCCCUCCUUGAAACUGAUAAUUUUGAUGAAAGCAUUAAACAUUUACAGAGAGCACAGGAUCUUGCCAAGGAGCAGAAGGUUAAUUACGGAGACGACAUUGCCUGUAUGAUUAGAGUGGCCCGCAAAAGACGCUUUAAUGUAGCUGAAGAGAAGAGAAUUUCACAAGAAAUUGAACUACAGACAUACAUGAACAGAUUAAUAUUGGAAGAUCGUGAUCGUCAGAUUGAUGCAGUACGACAGAAAUACGAAAAUGAUGAGGACAAGUCGCAAGAUGAAGUAAUGAGAAUAGAAGAACAAACGGAUAACUACAUUACUGAAGUCAACACAAUGUUUGCCCGACUGGAUGAAAGAAGAAGAAAACGAGAAGUACCGGACUAUUUAUGCGGCAAGAUCAGCUUUGAGAUACUGCGAGAACCUGUCGUCACUCCCAGUGGAAUUACAUAUGAUCGUAGGGACAUUGAGGAACAUCUACAGCGUGUAGGUCAUUUUGAUCCAAUUACAAGGACCGACCUCACAGUUGACCAGCUCAUGCCUAAUUUAGCAAUGAAGGAGGUGGUCGACUCAUUUCUUACAGAGAACGAAUGGGCACUGGACUACUAGCCGUAACCAGAUUUGUUAGCUUAAGAAUGCUUUUCUUCAAGCUGCUACCAGCCAUCCUUUAUUCUUAGAGGUAACUGAUGACUUAUAAACUAUGUAUAGAAUGUUGAAAACUUGCAAUAAAGUAGACAAUUGAUAUAACAUACUGGCUUAAAAUAGAGGUUAAAACAUUAGUUUUGCCCCAGAGGUAAAGCUUCCAUUCAUCACUUUAUGAUGAUGUUAGCAUUUUAACUUGGGAGUCCACACACUUAUAAUUCCAUAUUGCCAAACCAAAAUUAAUCUGCAUUUAUGUAUGAAAGGUAUAUCAUAUUAGAGGUAAUGGAAGCACUAGCGGUGUUAUUGUGUUAAGUUAAAAUCACAUGCAGCCUGUGCGUACUCUUAGGGUUAAGACCAGUUAUAAUCACAGUGACUAAUAAAAUUUAGGCAGAUUAGUCAGACAUCUUUUUUAUGUAAAGAGUUCACCAGAGUCAGGUUUUAAUUCAGGUAAUUUCACUACAUGAGUAUCCAGGACAUCGUUCCUUCCAGUUUUGUCUUGAACCCUUGCAUGUAGAAUGGAGGAGUUUUGCAAAUGAGAUUUUAGUUUUUGCACAUAGAAAUUAUUUAAUUAUCUUUCGUAUUCCUCUGUAAUUGAAUAAAAAAUUUUAAGUACGGUAAUAUAACGCAUGUUCACCCCUGCAUCUAGAUACAGUAUAUUUUUAUUGUCAUGAUAUUUUAAUGAUGGAGCAGCCUUGUCCUCAAGUGCUCCUGAGAAUUCCUCACACUCCUCAAUGAAUCUUAAAAGUAAAUUGGUGAUUUUUUCUUUUUGAAAAACAUUAAAUACAGUAUGGGAAAAAAAUAAUAAAUAUGAAACAAAUUAUCCUUCUAAUGUCAAGAAUUUGCUACAUGAAUUAUAGUGGAUUAUUGCUGUAAUGAACCUCGCUCUUAUCAAAGUCGUGAAUGGGUCAACAUUGGUACAAAUUGUUCAGUGGAUCACAAAAAAGUUUGUGACGAUUGUUCACCCAUUGUUCCUCACCAAGACAGACCCCGGAUGUGUUACCAGCCGGCCUAAUCUACUUGUAAACUACUAUAUUAUAAAGUGUAUAAAAUCUUUUAAACAAACUUAAAUAUGACAUUGUUUUACAAAUAUAUGUACACAAAACAGGAAACAAAAAAAAAGUAAAUUAUUCUUUACACAGUGGCUCGUCCAGGCCCAAAAUAAUUUUAGUGUCGAGUCCAAGUACUGAUACAAUUUAUAAGAGCUUGACAAACGAUUACAGUAUACAAGUGCCAUAUUAUUGUCGGACAGCAAUCAAACGUGUAAACAAAAAAUAAAGAAAACAAAUAUGGAAAUGUUCGAAUGCCGAGGACAACCUAUGCCUUCAAACACUGGAGCUGCAUCUUUGGAUAAAUCUUCCAUGUUAUUGUCAUUAUUGCAAUACUGUACUGUAUCUGCUCUUUUCUUUUGUGUAUUGACAAGAUGUCCUACAGUAGCAGUCAUGGUGUUGAAGGGUGCAAGUGGAGGUACAUUUCCUUUCUGCAGAAAAUUGACAUGACAUAGGCGCAGGUAUUGGGUGAUGAUAUAGGAGCGGGUGUUGGGUGAUGACACAGGAGCAGGUGUGGGGUGAUGACACAGGAGCAGAUAUUGGGUAAUGACACAGGAGCAGGUAUUGGGUGAUGAUACAGCAGGUGUUGGGUGAUGAUACAGCAGGUGUUGAGUGCAGUCAACACUUGAGGGAGGGGGGGAUCGGGGGGAAAUCAGUCGGCUGGCUUCACUCACUCACUCAUCGUCAUUUGAUGAGAAAGUUCUUUAAGAUUAAUUUGCAUUUUUGGGCCUAAUAACGAUUGUGUGUGUAUGUAUGUAUAUAUAUAUAUACAUACAUACAUACCUUAAUUGUUUGCCAGUGAUCACUCUAUCCUAUGCAACAAUCAGAAUGAAGAAUGCAUAAUAAAUGAAUUUUCUAUGAAUUUAUAAAUUGAAACCAAUUGACUUUUUGUUAAAAACUCUGAACCAUUACAUGUGCGCUGCAAAUAAUCAUAUAGGUAUAAUUCUGAUGUGGAAUUAUUCACCAAUGAUUGCCAUAACCUAUGUAAUGAAUGGAAGAGUCAAAACGAAGAUUGUAUUAUAAAUGAAUACUCUAUAAUUAUCUUUUCUUAAUUCAGUGUUGGUGGAAGAUGGGUUAUGACAAUUUGUUCCUCCUUGGUAAGUAACAAUCCAGGAAGGGGCUUUACCGUUCAGACAAGAUCCCCUCAAAAAUGAACUAGCUUUGUUCCCAUAUAGUUUGUUCGAGCAAGUCUCUUUUCUUUUUUUCCAUAGUUAACAACCUCCUAAAUUCGAGUUGGUCUGAAUGAAGUUAUCCCUCGCAUGAAUACUGUAUUAUGUUUCGUUCAUCGUGACUACUAGAAAGUAAUAACAGGAUUCUUAGGCAAAAUACCAGCUUGUAAGUAAAGUUCCUUUCAGAGGAUGCCAUGCAAUAAGAGGUUUAUGAGUAUAAACAGCGUGGUUAUGCUUUAUGAAUGACUUUUAUGACCAUUUAUAUUUAUGACCAUUUAUGUUUAUGAAUAAAAUCUUUGUGUACAAUCUAGUAAGAAUGGUUUUCUAGCUUUGAGAUUAUUUUAGCAGCAGAUAUCUGUUCUUGUUGGAUACAGUAAUUCAUAAGCAAAACAAAUGUUUGUAACUAAAAAUAACAUAAAUACGACUGAAAGCAUAAGGGGUAAAGCAGAUUACUUAAGGCGUUUAUAUUUUGCUGAGAUUUGAUGUAUGUUAAAUGCUUUUCAGAGUUAGGUAAAAAGGCUCAACAUUAUUCGUCAGUGACUAAUGCUUGAAAACUAUUCUAUAUAAUUUGUUAUGAAUUUUCUUAAUCAUGUUAUUGCUUGUGAUGCUUAUUGACUAAUGUUUGUUUACUCUCCCCAUGUUGGUUACUUCAUUAUAUUGGGACUCAUAAUAAGCAGCUGUGAUUCCGAUGGCUGUGGAAUCAUUGCCCGUUUGGUGAAUGUUUUCUGAAGGUUGCGUUUAACCCUCUUGCUGCGAUAGUCAGAAUCAUCUGAGUGGCGUCAUUCCCUGCUAAAAGUGGAGUUAUCCUAAACGCCAAGAAAUAUUAUUUCCUAUAACUUGUAACAUUUUUGCCCAGAUAUUUGUCCUUAAGAAUAGAAGUUUGGUCCUAGUACGAGCUUCCAUCCGUUGGUGACACUUGAGAUUGUCACCCUGUGCAGUAGAUCAUGGAAUGAAAAUAUAUCUCUCUCAUCCCUCACAUUCAUGCCCAUUGCUUUUUUUUGACAUAAAGGUACUGUAUGUUAUUUUUACAUCAUGAUAUUUUGUGUAAUAGUGAUAAACAGUACAUAUACAGAGGAACCUCUGGUAACGAGCAGCCCCAUCUACGAGCAUCUCAGGUAACGAGUAAGCCACUCACAGAAAAUUUGUCUCAAUUCACGAGCUUCCACUUGGUUAACGAGAAAACCAUGUGGUGCUUCCUAGCAUCCCUCUGCAUAUAUUUGUGCUUUUCUUUGUUUUUUUGUAAAGUACAAUUGAAAACAGUAAACAAAAUAUUUAUAAUAAUUACAUGUAUUAUAAUUACAUUAUAAAAUUUCAUAUUGAUGUUUUUCGGGGGUGGAAUGGAUUAAUUGUAUUUCCAUUAUUUUAAAUGGGGAAAUUCGUUUCACAUGACGAGCUCGGUGCCGGAACAGAUUCAAUUCGUUAACUGAGAUUCCUCUGUACUGUAAAAUUAUACAUAUUUGAGUUGAUUUACAAGCACACCUUGACUUUUGUUUUGUAAAUUUGUGUGUAAAUGUUUUCUUCCUUGUAUUUACAAUUUGCUGCCAUUAUAAGUAGAUAUUUUAUUACACUAAUUUCCUGGUAAGACAAUUAAUAAACCUGUAUGUACUCACCUAAUUGUGCUUGCGGGGGUAUGUGUAUUACAGUGGUUGUAGGCCAUCAGAAAAAGUUGCCUAACAAGCCAAAUUUUUGUGAAAUAUAUAACUUUUCUAAACAUUUUUCUUAUGAAAUGAAAGUUUUUAUUGUAUUACUGUAUAUAUGAUUCCAAUUUUGUUAUUUGGGUCAAGACUAACGUCAAAAUUUGAUCAAUCCUUACCUAACCUAAUAUAACUAAAUCAGUAAUUCAUGUUCCUAAUAUAUUAGAUUAUUAUUAUUAGAAAAGAACCAAUCUGUCAAGAGAGAUUUGAUAACAAAAAUCAUUCUGCCUGUUAAGCACCUCGGACCUUGCAUACUAAGCCAAGAAGUGCAGUUCUAGAUAUUAGGUACGACAUUUUAUUUAUAUUUAUAUGUACUGUAUAGCCAGAACUGCACUUCUUGGCCUAGUAUGUAGAUUUGUAUGUAGGUUUGAGGGAAUGCACUGUAUUAUUUUCUGACCUAGUACUGCAUGCACUCCCAUUUUCUGACUUAGUACUGCAUGCACUCCCAUUUUCUGACCUAGUACUGCAUGCACUCCCAUUUUCUGACCUAGUACUGCAUGCACUCCCAUUUUCUGACCUAGUACUGCAUGCACUCCCAUUUUCUGACCUAGUACUGCAUGCACUCCCAUUUUCUGACAGUACUGCAUGCACUCCCAUUUUCUAACAUAGUACUGCAUGCACUCCCAUUUUCUGACCUAGUACUGCAUGCACUCCCAUUUUCUGACCUAGUACUGCAUGCACUCCCAUUUUCUGACAGUACUGCAUGCACUCCCAUUUUCUUUCUUUAACAAAUUUCUUCCCCGCUACCAGCUCCAAAUUUCAAUUUUCACUUCCCUCCUUUUGUUUUGUUUUGAUGAUUACCCACUCAUCAGGGUAAUGAUUAUUGGAAGACUAAACUUAUUUUUUUGUUAAGGUAUCUGGAUUCGGAUCACUUUCUGAAAAACUGGGCAUAUUUAUGCUUGCCAGACAACCACUAGAUGCUUUCAGCAGUGAAAGGGUUAAAAAAGAGUGCCUUCACUAUGCAGGGGUUGUGAAUUUUUUUUUAACUUUGGAUUUAUAUGCUUAUCAGUGUAGUUUUUACUUUGGUUUAUAUAUUCUUUUACUGGAUAACUGUAAAUAUUGUAGUAUUAAAGCUGUUGUACAUAAA